AUGGCUCAACGAAGGGAGACUAAGAAAGCACCGCCUGAUGACCAAACCGUUCAUGAUGAAAGACUUGCCUCGAUUUUGGACAUGACUUUUGAACAGCAAGUAGACUUCUUGGGAAAGAUGCAUGAAAAUGACCUAAGAAUGAGUAACACGAAAGCUAAACCAAAAGCACCUAUUCUUGAAACCGUGCACGUGGCCAAUCACAUUUGGUUUAGGCAGACCAUAGUUGCCUUAGACAAGGCUUCGGUGGGCUAUGAUCAAGAUCAGGGAUGA